AGGAAGGAUUAAGGGAGGGGACGUCAGGAAAAAUGAAAACAGUGGAUGUGGGAAUGAUCCUGCAUAAGCAAACAGCGUCAAACCCCAACAGUCGGAGCGCUUUAAUCCUCUGGUUUGAUGUCCGUAAAUGACAGUGAUUCUGAGCCCUGAAAGAAACAGACUGUGAGGAUGAUCAGCAUGCAGGGCUGCGCUCUGCUCAUCGUUGUUUGCCUGUCGAUCUACCUGGAGGCCGCUCAGCAUCACAGGAAAGCUCUGUAUCCUUCAGCAUAUAGGAUAAAGCGUGGGACUUAUUCACUGAUCAACCCAACAUUUCAGCAAUCCAUGGAGGACGUGAACCUGCUUUUUGAGAUCCUGCUGGCUGGAUUGCAGAUCGAAGAUGACGGACACAACAUGUGGAUCCCAGAUGAGGAGCUGGCCUCUCUCAGGAGCGUGGAGAAACUGGAGGUCAUCUGUGACGACGUCCUGCCCAAGAAGCUCUCUGACAUUCGCCGUCUGAUAGAGGAGCUCUCACAGCGCCGGCAGCGUCUGAGCCCGCAGGACUUUGAGAGGACGGUUCUGACUCUGGUGUACAGCGCUCAGACUCUGGCUAAAAUCAGGGACAAGCAGCAGAGAGAAGCAUGGAUGGACUCCAUGGUACAGCUGUUCAAAGCUGUUCAGAGAGACCUCAAACCCUUUUAAAGUGAUUUAGGUUCAUGAAUACAUUUUUAUGCAAGAGCCAAGUGCCUUACAUUUCAAACCUGGGCCUUCAGUGCUAUCACGCCACAAGUUAACCACCUUUUUCUUAAUAGAUUCUAAUGUGCCUGUAGCAGAACACUGUUUCCCUGUGCACCUGUUCAGUGACUCAGGUUUCGCCAAAAGUUUUUAGAAGCACAAGUGCUCCUAAGUAUCCUGCUGUGCUCUAGCAUCUUGACGCUGCUUCAGUGAGAUAAUUCAGGUUUGCAAACCCAGCAUGACUCCAAACACCGUGUUGAUCAGUUGUAAAUAAGAACAGCACAUUCCCAGCAGUACAAAAUGCAACAUUCCUCUGACUCAGUAGGUAAAGUUUACCUUUUAUAGUUGCUAGAUUAAAUGUGUUGCACAAACAUCUUCCCAGCCUGGGUCAGUGAUGCUAUCUGUGGGGUUAGCAGACUUUUUUAGUCUUUUACUUGAGGCACCCUUUUCAAUAAAGGCUUUGCUGGUAAACUCCCAAACAAAUUUACCACUUCUUCUUCUUAUCAAUCAUACACCUGAAAUUCUGGAGGCCUCGAGGCAGCUUUUAUCCACCUGGAGACAACACAGGGGGGAAAUCUGAAAUCAAAGCUGUAAUUUAAACAAGCUGGACUGGAAGAAUGACAAAUUGUAUUGUAGUUUUGAUGAAAAAGUGAACAUAUGAAGUACACGUUUAUGAGUCUGACAGUGAAUAGGUCUGCAAUAAAGGCCUUGCG